AUGGCGUCUGCUGAUCUGAGAGAGGAGCUAACCUGCCCCAUCUGCCUGAGCAUUUAUACAGAUCCUGUAACUCUCAGCUGUGGCCAUAACUUCUGCCUGAUAUGUAUUGAGAGUGUGCUGGAUACUCUGGAGAGGUCUGGGGUUUAUACCUGUCCUGAGUGCAGAGAAACGUUUACUAAGAAACCUAAACUGCAGAGGAACAUAGCGCUGUAUAAUGUAAUGAAGCAUUUACAGAUUACUCAGUCAGAGCAAAAAGACACUGGGAUCUUCUGCACUUACUGUAUUCACUCACCUGUACCUGCUGCUAAAUCAUGUCUGCAUUGUGAGGCUUCUCUGUGUGAUGCCCACCUGAGGGUACACAGCAAUUCUGAGGAACACGUCUUAACUGAAGCCACCACUUCCUGGGGUAACAGAAAAUGCUCCAAACAUAAGGAGCUACUGAAAUAUUACUGCACUGAGGAUGCUGCCUGUAUCUGUGCGUCCUGCUCCCUGGCCGGAGUGCACAAGGGACACCAGAUGGAGCUGCUGAAUGAGGCUUCUGAGAAGAAGAAAACGAAACUGAGAAAUGUUUUGCAGAAACUGACCACAAAGAGAGAGAAGACUGAGAAAAGAGUCCAGAGUUUGCAGGAGCACAGGAGAGGGGUGCAAGAGAAAGCAGCUGGUGUAACAGAGCGACUCACUGCCCUGAUUAGGGACAUGAGGAAACAGCUAGAAGACCUAGCGAAGCGAGUCCUGGCUGAGAUCACCCGGCAGCAGGAGCAUCUUUUAAUCCCAAUCUCUGAUCUAAUCCAGCAGCUACAAAAAGAGAAGGAUGAGCUGUCCAGGAAGAUGUGUCACAUUGAGGAGCUGUGCAAUAUGACUGACCCAUUAACUGUCCUACAAGAACAGGAAUCACACAGAGAUGACUUUUGUGGUGCUGAGGAGAAAAUGAGGCCACACAGAGAGAUAAUAAACAGGUCCCUGCUGGGGAGGGAUUUGGAUGAGGGUCUUAUCUCAGUGACCCUAUACACAGGUUUAGCUGAUAUUGUGAUUGAUGUAAAGAAAGGGCUCUAUAUGCAGGUGACAGACAUAUUACUUGAUAUAAACACAGCAGAUAAUAAUGUUAUUGUAUCAGAUGAUCUGAUAAAUGCAUCUUUUUCAGAUAUAGAUCAGCAGCGACCAGUAACACACGAGAGAUUUAUAGAUUAUUGUCAGGUAUUAAGCACCAGGAGCUUUUCCUCAGGACGACAUUACUGGGAAGUGCAGACCAGUGAGUCAGGGAAAUGGUGUAUAGGGGUUUGUUAUACCAAUAUGGACAGGGGAGGAGAUGAGUCUGGGAUAGGAAAUAAUAGCAAGUCCUGGGGUUUGUGGGGUUAUAAUAAAGAUCUUUAUGUGAUACAUAACACAGUAGGCACCUCAUUACCUCACCCUCUAUCAUGUGACAAAAUAGGAAUACUGCUGGACUAUGAGGCUGGGCGCCUGACCUUUUAUGAGCUGUGUGACCCGAUCAGACACUUACACACCGUCACUAUUACCUUCACUGAGCCUCUUUAUGCUGCAUUCUGGGUAGAAGAUGGUGCCAGUGUGAGAAUCAUGCGCUAG